AUGGGCAUCUUCCUGAUGAUGUUCUAUCUGUUGGUACUUGGGUUCUUAGGACAGCCAACGGCUCUAGCAUCUGGAGUUGUAACAAGCCAGCAGAGCCCUGAGGGGAACUGGGCGCAACCAUCACGUGCCGGUGGCACACUUGUUGGUUGCCCAACGAGCUGCGGCAACCUGAGUUUCGCCUAUCCGUUCGGCAUCGGAUCCAGGUGCUCCCAUGGGCCUGACUUCAACCUCACUUGUGACGACACCACUCAGCCCCCCAGGCUCUUGUUGCAUGACGGCAUCACUGAGGUGAUCGAAUUCGACAAUCUUCUUUCUGUUUAUAACACUAUCCAUGCCUCCUUCUUGCAUACCAUCCACAUGAAAUCUGGUGUCAGUGUGUACAACUAUUCUUUGAAACCACCUGGGGGGUCCUUCUCUCUUUCAUCCUUUGUUCUAAACAUUACCAGCUGUGACGUGGAGGUAUACUCUGUCGUAGACAAUGCCACCACGUUGAAAUGCCGCACUGAAUGUCUGGAUCCAAGAACCCCAGAGAUGGUGGCUAUGCACAACUGUAAAAAUACAUUCGGAUGCUGUCGUGUUAAUGGCGAUGGUAACGUCAGUUUUCAGUUCAAAUUUGGCUACAACCAUGGCAAAAGCAACAUUGAUGCACGCUCUAACCAGACCUCUCAACUGUGGGAUAGAAUCAGCAUAACUAGUGAUGGGCCGAGUGGCUUUCGGCUACGGUGGCAGAUAGUUGACCAAUCCAACUGUGUUGCUGCCAAGCAAAAAAGGAAAAGCUAUGCCUGUAUUGGCGAGUAUGCUGAGUGCAUAGACAAUAGCAGGUUUAACUGUGACGUCCAAGAUGCCGAGUGCAUUGACAGAAGCGAUGGCUACAGCUGCAAAUGCAGGACUGCCUAUACAGGCAACCCCUACAUUCGAGAGGGUUGCUCCAAUGAUAAAGGAUAUAAUCCAAUUCCGAGCAGGGCUAAUUGUAUACGUUCGUGCGGUAACAUUAGUGUGCAAUUCCCAUUCGGCUUCGAAGAGGGUUGCUUUGCCAGGGAAGAGUUUCACCUCAACUGCACAAAUAUGACAUCAUCAGCUGCCGUGGUCAUGUUGGACUUGUGGGUGAAACAGGUCAUUGACAUAAAUGUUGACGAAGGGACCAUUAAUGGCACCAUUCUUGACGAAAAAUAUGCAAACUCCAUGUUUUUAUCAGAGCCUAACGGUCUUUUCUCUACAUAUGGGUUAUUUUUCUCUAUGAAAUGGGUUGUUGCUAAUCUAAGUUGCGCAGAGGCCCAACGGAAUAAAUCUGGAUAUGCUUGUGUGAGUAUGAACAGCAAGUGUAUGGGAGUAAGAGCUCAAGGGGUCUAUUCUGGUUACCGCUGCAAAUGCUUAGAUGGCUUCCAAGGAAAUCCAUACAUCCAAAUGCCAUAA